CCCUAAAAUCCAAAACGAAGGAUAUUACUGCGCAAAUAAAACAUGUUAAACACACAAGGGGGCUGUAGAUUCUAAAACUGCAAUUGUUAUAAUUAAAUUUACGGUCUCCAUCUCCAACGCCUCUUGACCGCCGAUUUUAAUUUCUUCACUCAGUUCAGAAAUGGCUUUAGGUGGAACCGCUCCCCCAAGAGGCAGUGCAGCAGCCACUGCAAGCUUGCGCAGGAGAAGAACAACCAGUGGUGGAGCCUCAGGAGGAGCAGCGGGGACUAUGCUUCAGUUUUACACUGAUGAUUCUUCAGGUCUCAAGAUCUCUCCUAAUGUUGUUCUAAUCAUGAGCAUUGGAUUCAUUGCCUUUGUUGCAAUUCUGCAUGUUGUGGGGAAACUCUACCUUGUUCGCAGAGAAGCUUAAGAGUGUAUCGUUUUCAAUUUAAAACAUCAUCUCGUCUCUGUUUCAGUUUACUGGGAUAGUUGCAGAUAAACUUGAUACAGUUUAACA